UAAUAGAAGUUUUAUCACUUAAGGGCCAAAGAUGCUACAAUUAGCCAAAACCAAAAAGUUAGGUUAUGCCGAAAGUCACACUCCUUUAAAAACGGUUUGAUGUAUAGGGUUGCCAACAGUCAGUUAGUUGGGAAACGCUAUAAAACCUUUAUCCUGGUAACUUUUAAAACAACAUGGAGAUGUCUUUGAAUCCUGUCCGUGUGCUCAAAAAUGAUGCACAAGAAGAGAAAGCCGAAAUGGCUCGCAUGUCAUCGUUUAUCGGUGCCAUCGCCAUUGGUGAUUUAGUUAAGAGCACUUUGGGACCCAAGGGUAUGGACAAAAUCCUAGUGUCGCAUGGCCGCCAAGCUGGCAAAGUGGAGGUGACCAAUGAUGGCGCUACCAUUUUGCGAUGCGUUGGCGUUGAUAAUCCCGCUGCAAAAAUUUUGGUAGAUAUGUCCCGCGUCCAAGAUGAAGAAGUAGGCGAUGGCACCACUUCAGUCACCGUAUUGGCUGCUGAGCUAUUGCGUGAAGCUGAAAAGUUGGUUGAUCAAAAACUUCAUCCCCAAAUUAUCAUUGCCGGCUGGCGUAUGGCAACAAAAAUUGCACGAGAGGCUCUUACUCAGACUUCUCAGGAUAACUCGGCCAACAAUGAUAAAUUCAAAGAGGAUCUUAUGAAUAUUGCACGCACUACACUCUCCUCGAAGAUUUUGCAUCAACACAAAGACUUCUUUGCCAAGUUGGCUGUAGAUGCUGUUUUGCGUUUGAAGGGUUCCGGAGAAUUGCAUGCCAUACAAAUUAUCAAAAAGACUGGUGGUACUUUGGAUGAUUCAUUUUUGGACGAAGGUUUUUUGCUGGACAAGAAGCCAGGUGUACAUCAACCUCAAAGGAUUGAGAAAGCCAAAAUACUCAUCGCCAACACGCCUAUGGAUACUGAUAAAAUCAAAGUAUUCGGCAGUACCAUCAAAGUAGAUUCACUAUCCAAGAUUGCCGAUUUGGAAAUGGCCGAAAAGGAAAAGAUGAAAGAUAAAGUACAGAAAAUUUUGAAUCACAACUGUAAUGUGUUUAUCAAUCGUCAAUUGAUCUACAACUAUCCCGAGCAAUUGUUUGCCGACGCCGGUGUAAUGGCCAUUGAACAUGCCGAUUUCGAUGGUAUUGAGCGUUUGGCUUUGGUUACUGGCGGUGAAAUUGUCUCAACUUUCGAUAAUCCUUCCUUGGUCAAAUUGGGUGAAUGCGAUGUCAUUGAACAGGUGAUGAUUGGUGAGGAUACUAUGUUGCGUUUUAGUGGUGUUAAAUUGGGUGAAGCUUGCACCAUUGUUAUACGUGGUGCCACACAGCAAAUUUUGGAUGAAGCUGAUCGCUCUUUGCACGAUGCUUUGUGUGUAUUGGCUGCCACAGUUAAGGAAUCCCGUGUUAUUUAUGGCGGUGGCAGUUCCGAAGCGUUAAUGGCCAAUGCUGUGUUCAAAAAGGCAGCUGAGACUCCUGGCAAGGAAGCCAUUGCAAUGGAAGCUUUUGCACGCGCCCUUUUGGCUCUUCCCACUGCUAUCGCUGACAAUGCCGGCUAUGACUCUGCUCAAUUGGUUUCCGAACUACGUGCUGCUCAUGCCCAAGGCAAAUCUACCAUAGGUUUAGAUAUGGAAAAGGGCAAAAUUGGUGAUAUGAAGGAAUUAGGUAUAACAGAAUCAUUUGCCGUUAAACGUCAAGUUCUUCUGUCCGCCUCUGAAGCCGCUGAAAUGAUAUUGCGCGUCGAUGACAUCAUCAGAUGUGCUCCCAGAAGACGUGUUCCUGACCGUGGUUAUUGUUAAACUAUUUAAGACAUAUGUCAUCUUUUAAUCACAUCAGCCACACCCUACGCCUCAUGUUCUCCUUACAUCUUAAACUUUAUUUUAAUAUUUUUUUGUUAAAUCCAUGUUUAUUUAAUUAACCAAAAAACACAUCUAAUUAUUAAAACGCUAACUUUCUCACUAAACUUUCUGUUCUCCUUCAUUGAUUUCAAUUAGGCAUUUUACAAUAAUUUUAUUCCUUAAAAUAACGGCAUAGCCUUUUAAGGGAGAUUCUUUUCAAACAAAAAAUUAUACUAAAAAUUAAUUUUUUGCCUAGUGCAAAAAAUACUAUUUGAAAUGUGUCUUAAAUUACGCAUAAAAAAUAAUUCAAUAAACCUUAUGUAUUUUUAAUACACUAAAAAAUAUCACACUCAAUAGAAAUUUAUUUUUCGGCUUAAGUAUUGAACAAAUCCCUAUUUUUAGAAAAUAAAUAUGACUCGCGAGUCUAUUAACAAAA